AUGGUCUGCUACCGCUGCGGUGGUGUCGGUCACCAGAGCCGUGAGUGCACGUCUGCUGCGGACUCUGCCCCGUGCUUCCGCUGUGGCAAGCCCGGCCACGUUGCCAAGGAGUGCGUGAGCACGAUCACGGCUGAGGAGGCGCCGUGCUUCUACUGCCAGAAGCCGGGGCACCGCGCGCGCGACUGCCCGGAUGCGCCGCCAAAGUCGGAGACGGUGAUGUGCUACAACUGCUCGCAGAAGGGUCACAUCGCUAGCGAGUGCCCCAACCCCGCGCACUGCUACCUUUGCAACGAGGAUGGCCACAUUGGCCGCUCCUGCCCGACGGCGCCGAAGCGCUCUGUCGCGGAGAAGAGCUGCCGCAAGUGCGGUAAGAAGGGCCACCUCCGCAAGGACUGCCCGGAGGCGUGA